GCCUUGAUCUCCAUUUUGUAUGUUUUUUCCUAGAGGUUAGCACCCACUUUCCCAGCGGCUAGCAGCGCAGCUCAGGCGGUGUGACAUUUUUGCAUGACUACUCACCGCAAAACCGGGACUGGGCAGCCGAGAGGCAGACAGAACACACCCAGGUUCACGCGUGCUGCCGUGCGGUGUAGUCAUGUAGCCGACGACGCGACGACCAGUGGGGAGUAACAGUCAGUCAUCGUGUUGUGAACUGCCACUUUCAACCAAAACAAUGUUGACUGAUGACCUAUGGACUCUUAUUAGCAGCCUGUCAUAUCAAGGAUGGAUCAAGGCGGAGUGAAGAAGAUAGCGUACAGAAGAAAUGACCAUCUGAGCAAACUGGUCUACACUGAAAGCCCUGAGGAGGGAGGUCUUCUGAAGGUGGCUCCUCACAGUGCCAUGUCCAUCACCUCUCCUCCCUCUGUCGUUCUUCCAUCCAGCCCAUUAAUGCAGCCGGGACAGGUGACCAACGGCCUCAGCAACAGCCCGCUUCCCGAGGAGCUGGCCUCGGCCCCCGCCACCCUCGGCUCCUUGGUCGAAUGCCCAGAGACCAGGGGCCUGACCAAAGAUCAGAGGCCCGAAGAGCUGCAGCUGUACCAGACGCAGACCUCCAACACCUUUGGCCACCAGGUCCUGCCCCAGCUGGAUGCCAGCAUGGCCGACAUUACCCAGUCCUCCAUGGAUUCGCUCAUCGGCGGCUCGGACCCCAACCUCUUCGCCGUGAAGACCGAGGAUUUCUCCAUGGACAAAGGCGAGCAGGACCCCAACGACCUGGACCACGCCUUCGACCACAUGGGCAAAGACGUGGACAUGAACCAGAAACUGUUCAACGAAACCAGCCUGGACCUCCUCCAGGAGUUCGACCUCACCGCGUCCCCCUCCGAUUUCUACGUGGGCGACGACGCCUUCCUGUCCACGCUGGCGGACGACUCCCUGCUGGCGGACGGGGAAAUGAGGGGGAUGUCCGAGAGGGACCUGAAAACCCCCACGGUGGAGAGCGUCAACACGUCCGGGGCGCUCGACGGCGGCAAGGCGACCAGCCCGCUGGGCUCCAGCACGGGUUCGUCCAGAUCCGCGUCUCUGACCCCCACGGCCGCUUUCCCCGCCGUGGUGAAGAAAGAAAAAGACGCCGGCUUCAUCCAGCUGUGCACGCCAGGCGUGAUAAAGCAGGAGAAGACGUCGGCGGGUUACUGCCAGAUGGGCGGCUCCAGCCCCAUCUCCAUCUGCGGGGUGAGCACCUCGGGGGGGCAGAGCUUCCACUUCGGAGUCAACGCCAGGAACAGCGACGCCCUCCAGGAGAAGGAGCAGAAACCGGUGUCUGGCUUGUUCCUGCCGGUGACGACCAUCGGCGGAGCCUGGAACAGGAGCCAGGCAGACAGCUCGGCCAUCCGCAGGGCCAGCGAGGUUUUCUCCAGCUCUCCCGGCUUCCCCUCCAGCUUUGGCAGACAGGACGGGGCCACGCCAACAUCGACGACGCAGGGGAAGAGCGGCACUCAUAAAAUCUGCCUGGUGUGCUCCGACGAGGCGUCAGGCUGCCAUUAUGGAGUCCUCACCUGCGGCAGCUGCAAGGUCUUCUUCAAGAGAGCCGUGGAAGGCCAGCAUAAUUACCUGUGUGCUGGGAGGAACGACUGCAUUAUAGACAAAAUCAGGCGAAAGAACUGCCCGGCCUGCCGCUUCCGCAAAUGUCUGAUGGCGGGCAUGAACCUGGAAGCUCGCAAAACCAAGAAGCUGAAUCGCCUAAAGGGCAGCCAGAACAGCAACCCCCCGGAGAUGAUGCCUUCGCCGCCGGUCGAGGCUCGCUCCCUGGUGCCCAAGUGCAUGCCUCAGCUGGUCCCCACCAUGCUGUCCCUGCUGAAGGCCAUAGAGCCGGACACCAUCUACGCCGGCUACGACGGCACGCUGCCCGACACCUCCACGCGCCUCAUGACCACGCUGAACAGGCUGGGUGGGCGACAGGUCAUCUCCGCUGUGAAGUGGGCCAAGGCUCUGCCAGGGUUCAGGAACCUGCACCUGGACGACCAGAUGACCCUGCUGCAGUGCUCCUGGCUUUUCCUCAUGUCUUUCGGCCUGGGAUGGAGGUCCUACCAGCAGUGCAACGGCAACAUGCUCUGCUUCGCGCCAGACCUCGUCGUCAACGAGGAGCGGAUGAAGCUGCCCUACAUGGCCGAGCAGUUCGAGCAGAUGCUGAAGAUUUCCAGCGAGUUUGUCCGGCUGCAGGUUUCCCACGAGGAGUACCUGUGCAUGAAGGUCCUGCUGCUGCUCAGCACAGUGCCUAAGGACGGCCUGAAGAGCCAGGCGGUGUUCGAUGAGAUCCGGAUGUCCUACAUCAAAGAGCUGGGAAAAGCCAUAGUGAAGCGUGAGGAGAACUCCAGCCAGAACUGGCAGCGUUUCUACCAGCUCACCAAGCUACUGGACUCCAUGCACGAGAUGGGGAGUGGAUUGCUCAGCUUCUGCUUCUACACCUUCGUGAACAAAUUCCUGAGCGUGGAGUUCCCCGAGAUGCUGGCGGAGCUCAUCAGCAAUCAGCUACCAAAAUUCAAGGCCGGGAGCGUCAAGCCUCUCCUCUUCCACCAGAAGUGACUGUUUUCCCCCGUAGCAGCAACAAUGCCUUAAACUCCCACCACGUCACCUCACCAGCCCGACAAAACCUCCCCACCCCUUCGCAAAGGAGCAACGGACUUCACGCCAGCAGGGAAAACGGCAUUUUAACAGCAGCGAGUACGCAUCUCCGUGAAAGUCGGCGGACGGGUCUUGUGUCAGGGGGGGGGAGGGGGGAGGGGAGGGGAGGGCGAUGCUUGUAUAGGAACCGGAUCGCGAGCACAAGACGCUUCGCCGUGUCGAUCAGUCUAAGAUGUAGAGUCUAAUAACAAGUAGGAAGUGUUUGUAAAGCUAACGGCAAAGAGAAAUAGGCUAACGUUAAUGUCGUCUCAGGUGUCUUACCUUGAAAUUCAGAGCGAUAUCUGAAAUAGAUACAGCAAAUAUCUAUAUAUAAAAAGGUUCUGAUAGUAUUUUCUACAUUUUCAAAGCAGCAGUUUAUACACUUUUCCAGGUCGUCGUUACCGAAGACGGUAACAAAUCGGAAAUAACGCGCUCCUCUAUUACGUAGGCUUUUUAUGUUCCACUUUUCGUUUUUAUAGGAGGUUGUAACGGAAAUGUUUUUUCAGUCGCACAGAUACAACAACAACAAAAAACAAAAAAAAAUACAGUUUUCUAGUGAUUUUUCGAAAGCAUAUUUUAUUUGCUUUGAUUAACUAUGAACAUAUAAAGUUGUGCGUGGGCCUGUCAGCUGAAGAACGAGUCCUCCCACAAGCAGACCUCUUCCAGGUUUACAUGUCAACUACAAAAGGGAAAAAGAUGUGCCUUUUUUGCUUCGAAUAUCAUCCAAGCCAUUUUUUUUCCUGCUCUACUUCAACCUUCUCGUCAUCUACCUUCAUUCUGAGUUGAUUGUACUUUUUUAUAUUACACGCAGUCGCAGCUUUCCUGUUUUUUCUGGUGGCUGUUUAUCUCUACAAAUGGCAGCUCGCUCCAUCCUCUGUGUGUAGAAGUGUCGCUCCUGCUAAGAAACGAUAUCUAGCCUGCUCCCCUUUUCCUCACGAUCGGACCCGCGCAGACACCGGCGGCGUUCAGUGCGACGCGAGCGCUCUGCGAAAGGCUUUAAGAGACUGUGAAAGAUAAGUUUGUUGUUUUGUAUCAAGUCUUGCGAGUCGAGGAAGACUUAAGGUGGAAAGUGUGGACUUUUUUUUUUUUAAUGCCCCAGUAGUCUAAUUAUUAGAAAAUAUGUGAUGGAUACAUGCGUUUGUCAAUCACAAGUGAAAAGGGCAUGUAUUGUUGUGCUUGCAAGUUUGUCGUUUUUGAUAUUCGGGGGUACUAAUAUCUGUAGAUUUAUUAUAGCUAAAAGUGGUUAGAAAAUAACCGUCCUCCACCUUUUUCUCUUUUCUUUAUUUUCAACAAUCAUUUCGGUAUUGAUAGUCAUAAUUCCUCUAAAGACUCUUCCCCUGCAGUAUAUCUGUUACUCUAUAAGAAUUUGGCUUUGGGUACAUUUUUUUUUUCUUUUUUCUUGAACUGCAUAUGUUUUGUUUUUGUUUAAGGAAUAGCUAAAAUUUGGGGAAGGGGGGAAACAGAUUGAUACUGCUGUCAUGUCUCUGCCAUAAAAAUGAAGCCUAAGCUCAGCCUAAACAUAAAAAAAAUUGCCCAAAUGAAACAAAGCACUUAGCUCUCCUUUUGUUCACUGAGAUGAGAAAAAAAUCGGGACUCUUCCAGCUUGUAUGGUGAUGAUCCUGCUUGGAUCUGCACCAUACUUUGCUAAAGAGUUGCUUUAUUGUGAAUAACAGUACAUUAAUAUUUAGAGUUUGAUGUAAUCAAAUAAUGAUCAAGUUUUCCUCAUGCUUGAUUUUAAAGUAAUAUAUCUAUAUAUAUAUAAAAAAGUUUUUGGACUCAUAUAUAUUAGGCAAAUUUGACAUAAUUUGGCAUCAAGAUAAUUUUAAAAAGCCUUUUCCAGUCACAGGUGUGAAGAUUAUGUUAUUAAUAUUGCUAUCGCCAAACAUGGCUUUGAAAUUUGAUGACGAAAGAGAUUUUAGCGCCAUCCAUUCUGGUCCAUUGUUACAGUAUUUUAAAUCCCAGCACAUUACACGUUUAUGUGUAGAAUGGACGUCAAACCAGCAUUAAAGCCCAAGCGGCGGUUCGAGGCGAUCGUCGUGACAACGGUCCACCGCGUGAACGUCAGGAGACCGAGCCGACAGCCCUGAGGGCCGCCGCUGCUGAAUUAUGCUCAGGCUUUAGGCUUCAGGAAGACUGCAGAGACAUGAUCUGUAUUAACCUCAAGUCUAAGCGAGAACACAAAUAAGAUGGUUUCCCCCCCAGAAAUUAAUCUAGUGCUUUUUAACAGAAUAGCUAACGGCUUGCAUAUGCAGCACUUUUGAUCAGGCUUUUGGUAGAGCCAGUAAACCAACCACAGAUGCUGACAACGGCCCCUUCUGCAGCCCAACUUAACCUGAAGUUUGUGUGUGUGUGUGUGUGUGUGUGUGUGUGUGUUGCACCCUUUGCAUGUGUCCUGUUUGUCUGCUACGUAGCCAUGCCCCCACCUCCCCCGUCCCCCCCGCUGGCCUUUUUACAGCACUUUUCAUCAGUUUAGCACAUCGCAGUGAAAAACAGUCCUAUUACUGUCUCGGGAGCCGGGCAGGACUGAUCCUUUUUAUUCUCUGGGAACCGUUUUUUUUUUUUUUUUUUUUUCAGUGCCAAACUCCUGUUUUUUGUCUAUUUUCAGGGAUGCUGGAAGUUGGUCAGUAUUUUUUUUACUAUCACACAAGUCCAAGCAUUAAAACACUUAUCUGGUGGAAGGAGGAAAGAAGUUCUGAGCUGCCUGACCUACAGUCCCACGCAGUAAAUGGGGGGGUGGGGGUCCUUCAGUGUCUCUGAUUAGUGCGUUGCAGCAUUUGUCAUCUAAUUCGUGUAGCUUGUCGUCUGUGUGUGUGUGUGUGUGUGUGUGUGUGUGUCUCCUAACUCCCCAUCUAUUUUUAUUUCUAUUUUAUUUUAAGGUUUUACUAUGAAUGUGAUAUAUAGAGAGUUAUUAAUAAAUUAGGUAUGAACUGUUAUUGGUAGAUGAUAUGUCGUGAGCUGUCAGAAAGAAACGAAAUAUGUCAAGUGCUCACUUUUAUAUAUGAAUAUGAAAUAUGGCAAAGCGUACUGUUUUUAAAUGUUUAUCCCAAAUACAGAAAGAAAAAAAAAAGUACCUAUAUAUGUUUUACUCUGCGCCAGAGCUCAGGUUUUCAAAACAAAAACAGAACAGAUGAUGUGAUCCACAUGCUAUCGGUUAGCGUCCGCCUCCCGUUACGGGUGUGGCGAACCGAAAGCAUACGACAGCUUCGCACGUACGCGUCCGCUGCUGUGUUUUAUGGUGGUUUAUUGUUUUAAGAAACACAAACGACAAAAAAAAAAUCAGUUGACAGAUGUGCAACGUUUUUUUUUUGUUUUUUUUAAGGAAACUGCCUCCGCCGCUCAUACGUCUGUAGACUCUUGACAAACUUUCUGCUUUUCUUUGAGGUUUAACCAGAAUAGAUGAAAAACCAUCCUCGCUACCUGUUAGAGGGUUACUUUCACAUUCAGUGUAUUCAAAUCUCUGCUGCUACUCGUCAUCUUUACAAGUAUAUAUAUAUAUAUAUAUAUAUAUAUAUAGACAGAGAGAGAGAGAGAAAGAGAUAGAUAUACGUAUAUAUAAAUAUAUAUAAGAAUAUAUGGAAGAAAUCGCACACUUGCCUCAUCAUGCCCAAAAAUGUAUCCUGUUUACUUUCCUAUACAUUUUUGCGCACAACUGAAUAUGCAAUAGAAAGGACAGAUAAUCUAUCACCGUCACCUCCUUUUUGUCAUACUUUUUAACUCAGUAUAAGCUAACUUUCAUACAGGGGGAUUUCACUUCUACCUUUUAUCUCUGCAGGCCAGAUUUUCUUGGGGGGGAGGGGGAAUAUUCAGGAAAAUUGUAAUCAGACUCACACAAACCACCCGUUUGGUGUUUGAGUACAAGGUGACCAAAGGUGACCGAUUACACAUAAUGUCAGCGUAAGCGACGACGCUCCGACAUGACAAAUGUACAGGUCUUCUAAGCAGGUUUUAUUUUUAUUUGUCCCCUUAUUUCUUUUUAUUUCUUUUUCUUUUUUUUUUUUUUACAAGUCUUUGGUCAAAUUGUGUAAUACUGUGAAUAGGAUAGGACUCGGGCUUUUUUUCAUACACAAAACUGUUUGUGAAAGUAAUCAACCAGCUUGAAUCUAAGAAAUUGCACUACCCAAAUAUUGUUUGAAAGUCUAUUUUGUAUAAAACAUAUGCAGACAGAGACAUUGAGACUAACAAAGGGCGGAUCACGUUUCACUGGUGUAUGUUUUCUCGGAAAAUCAAAAAAAAAAAAAACUUUUUUUUUUUUUUUUUUCCCUGGUUUGUUUUGCUUAAAACAAGUUUAAUAUGUACAUAUAAUCCAUUGUAAAGAACAUGUGGUGUAUUUGUCUUCAGAUGGUUUUUCAGUACCCACCCUCUGUAUUAUUUCUCCUCUGUAGCGUGACUCGUUGAUCUUUUUCCUCUUAUCGAUUAAAGGUCGAACCAUA